GUCCAAGCCCCGUCCACUUGUGUUCGCUUUCUGAGUAUUGCAUGCGAGGCUGUGGAGGAGCAGAGAGCUGCACGUGUGUCGAAGGCAAGCUUUUUUGAUUCAUGGAUGCUUUCUGAGCAGCAGGGACAGAAGAGCUGCAAGAAAGGUCUUUUUCUGGAAAGCGGUUUGCAGUAUCGGGCCGUGUAAAAGAAAUGACAGAGAUGGAGGCUGACACCCAGAGGAGUAAAGUGAAGGAGGCAGACAGCGCUGAAAAGAAGGAUCAGGAAAAGAAGAAGCGCACUAGGGUAAAGCAGCUGCUUGCCGACAUCGCCAGGCAAGUGGAUUUCUGGUUCGGUGAUGUCAACCUUCACAAAGAUCGUUUUUUGCGGGAACAGAUUGAGAAGACCAGAGAUGGUUACAUUGACCUCUGUAUGUUGGCGUCUUUCAACAAAAUGAAGAAGUUAACCACCGAUACCAAGCUAAUUGCUAGAGCUGUCAAGAACUCCUCCGUGGUAGAGCUUAACUUGGACAGCACUAAAAUAAGAAGACGCCUUCCCCUGGGAGAGAAACCACAGGAUGUGGAUUGCCGUACGGUGUACGCGGAACUUCUGCCUAAGAAUGUGAACCACAGCUGGAUUGAGCGAGUGUUUGGUAAAUGUGGUAAUGUCGUCUACAUUAGUAUUCCACGUUACAAGUCUUCCGGAGACCCCAAAGGAUUUGCGUUUAUUGAGUUUGAAACCCAAGAACAAGCUGCUAAAGCAAUCGAGGUUUUAAAUAAUCCUCCUGAAGAGGCACCAAGAAAACCUGGGAUGUUCCCCAAAACAAUAAAAAACAAGUCUGUUCCAGAACUGAGCAUGUCUGAACACAGCGAUGUUGAGGAGAAGAAAAAGAAGAAGAAGAAAAAAUCCAAGAGCAGAAAGGAAAGCUCUGAAAAAGCAGACGAAGAAAUAGAAGAUAAGACAACGGACCUAUCACAUGAGGAAAGGGCUAAGCCAAAAAGGCACAGGAGUCAAUCCGAGAGCUCCAUGACAGAGUCUUCAGACACCUAUAAACGCUCUUCUAAGAAAGAAAGGAGAAAAGGUGACCACGCAGAGAGCUCAGACCAGUCUGAAGAAGGUAGGCUGGGCAAGAGGAAACGCAGCCGCUCGGAAGAUGCUGGUGACUCUGUUUCUAAACAGCGGAAGGUCGACGCUAAGGAUCGUUUAGAUUCAAAGGAACUUUCAACAGAAGAAGAAAAAGAUACUGGUGAUAAGAAGGAUGCCUCUGGUUCCAAGGUGAAGAGAAAGAGGAAGAAGAAGCAUAAGGAGAGGCACAGAGUUGGAGAGGAAGUUGUUCCCUUACGAGUCCUUUCAAAAGAGAAAUGGCUGCAACUCAAGUCUGAAUACUUGGCCCUGCAGAGAGCCAGCAUGGCCUCUCUUAAGAAGUCUAUAAGAACAAUAAAUGACUUUUCUACAGCGGACAUGGACACAGAGUCUACGGUGCAGAACCCGGACAUGAAAAAUGGCAAAGCGGAUACUGCGAAGAAUGAGGCACUGGGCCCCCAGUUUGUUAGUGGCGUUAUUGUGAAGAUCACUAGUCCAGAUCCUCUGGAGGGUCGCAAGUGUGUUAAGGAUGCCUUGUCCGGCAUAUGUGAAGUGGCAUACGUGGACAUGCUGGAAGGAGACACAGAAUGCCAUGUUCGCUUUAAAACCCCAGAGGAUGCCCAGACCAUGCUGAAAGCCCGGCCAGAAAUACAGAGCAAGUACACCUGGAAACUUCAGCUCCUUUCUGGGGACAGUGAGCAGCGUUACUGGCAGAAAAUCUUGGUGGACAGGCAAGCAAAACUAAAUCGGCCCAGAGAAAAGAAACGUGGAACAGAAAAGUUGGUCAUCAAAGCUGAAAAAAUUAGACUUGCAAAGACACAGGAGGCCAGCAAACACAUCCGAUUCAGUGACGGCAUCUGAAAUCCCAGAAACUUUCUACGUUCAUGUCCAUAUGUGCUUUUUUUUUUUUCUUCAAGGAAAAAAAUACUUAAGGCAAUGAUUUUAUUGUUUGCAAGAAAUAAUUUUAAUUAUUUUGUCCAUUGAAAAAAAACUAAAUUUUCAAAUGUCAACAUUUCGCAUUUGUUUUAAAACACUUUGUUUUUUUUGUCGGAGCUUCCCUUUAAGGAUACAUUUGGAAAUAAAUGAGUUUAUUCUUUUUA